UUCAAAUUUAAAGGGCAGCAUUUCAGAAGAUGGAAGUUGAAGAUGUUCUUUUAUCUCAAACUCAUGAAGCUGCAUAUGAUUGUGUCGAGUGUUCAUCCUGGAACAUUGGAACCUGCUGCUGAUAAGGCUGCUGCUGCCGAUGUUGUUGCUGGUGCUGCUGCUACUGAUCCACCUCCUACCGGUGAUGCCAAAGACGUUGUUUCUCAAACUCAUGAGGAGAAACAGAAGGCCAUUGACAAAUGGGUCUAUGAUGACUUUGGUUGCAAAAACUACAUUCUUAACGCAUUAUCUGAUGAUUUAUAUGAGUAUUAUUCAACUUUUGAAACUGCUAAAAAUGUGUGGGAUGCAUUACAGAAAAAAUAUGACACCGAGGAAGCUGGAUCAAAGAAGUAUGUUGUGAGCCGGUAUUUGAGAUACCAAAUGGUGGAUGAUAGGUCAGUUGUUGCACAGGCUCAUGAACUUCAAAAUAUUUACCACGAAAUUAUGACCGAAGUUUGAUUGUUAAGCUCAGGUUUGAGGAAGAAGCUCGGAAACAAGAUAAGAAGGAAGAGAUUCUCAUUGU